AUGGAUGAGCAGAGUUGCCCCGAAGAUCUGUCCGAGAUCUUGCGGGAUCGGAUUAACAAUCUCAAACUCCUUCAAACAGCAGACCAACCUACUCCUCGAAUGCGACAAAGAAUAACAGUCGCAAUUGAGUUAUAUAGCAAAGCACUCGAACUAGAAGAUACCCAUCCUCUCGACCCGGAAUACCUCGGAAUCCUCGACUUGGUGCAAGAUAGGCUCGAAAAACACUGGACCGAGGCCCAUGGAAACCUUGCAUCACGCUGUCGCCUUGUGUUGAACCUUGCCUUCUUCCAAAGAUUUUUGGCCAGAACACUGCUGGAGGACUACAGCCGGCAACCCUACAGUCCUAGCCCCUUAUCCUUGCAUCGCGCCUUCUUGGUCAGAUACGCCAGCACACACCGUGCUGUAUCGGAUGGCGGGUGGGAGACCCCUGAUGCUGACGCAGGGUCUGCCACAAGUGACAGCAAAGAAGGGCUGGCCAGCCACGAUACAUCUACCGUAAGCGACGCCAACGAGGUCUGUGGCGAGGCAAACAACCCCACAAGAUCCCGUAUCAACAAUGCCUCCUCCUCCGGCUCUUCCGACAGCGACAGCCUCGAGAGCGACGCAUUGCUCGAAGAAUACGCGAGAGACGUUGUUUAUCCACUAGAGGAGUUGCUACUUGAAGGUCACACGGACGCUAUCAAAGAAAAACUGCUCGCAUUAGAACCAGAACGGCGAUAUCCAGGCGGAGAAAUCCAGCGCCUGAUAGACCACUGCGACUGGCCCGGGCUUUUCGCAGCUAUCAACAGCGACCGCCGGCUUUCUAUCGAUCUUUUCAGACAGAAACCAGUGGUCUCAGGGGUGUUCAAAGACCAUACCAAGGAGACGGUGUGGACGGGCAUGGACAAGAUACGGGACAAGUACUUUACCAAAUCCAAGGAUGGUAAAAAGUAUACGGUUACCAAGUAUGCGAGGAGGUUGUCUUCCAAGAAAGCCGUGGCUUCCGGUAGUAUCGGCGACGAGCCCCAUCCAACAUUGUCGUCAACACCUGGGGAGGGCUGGGAGGGAAUGUCGUGGCGAGUCGCCGAGAACAUCUUCAAGACAUUCGCGAGCGGGCUUGCGAGUGGACCAACAAACGCAGCUUUGAGGCUCAAAAUGCACACAAUAUUUGACACGGCCAAGCAAAAUGAGAAGGAUCCGCUGCUUCGUCCAGAUGACCAGCUUUUUGAUCAAGAAAAAGCCGAGUAA